AUGAGCGCGCAGGCAUCGUUCGUGUACUUUCAUCCUCCCAUGGUAUGGAAUCAUGCGGUUGACAUGACAUCAGACAACAAGGAGUCAAUGGAUGCCAACAACGAGGCCCUCGAGAAACAGGAAUAUGUCCCUCUGCUGCAGUGCAUGAAUGUGCUCUCGUCUUCCACGAGGUUUCGAUUUGGCAUUGUCAGGCUGUGCUUCUUCUUUCUUUACAAUGUCAUUUUUGUAGUUACACUUUUCUUACAAGUGUCGAACUAUUUUGGGCCUCCAAGUUGCGGCGGAUCAGGACAAUGUCUAUCAUAUUCGGCGUGGGAGCAAUAUCUUUACGUAGACACAAUUAGAGGUGCUCUAUAUGAAACUUCUUGGGAUCCUGCGAACUUGGUCAACAACAUCUACGACAUGGAAACAAUGGAUGAUUUGAAGGGGUGGAUAUACAAUGUGUACAUACCAACCCUUCGUCCGUCAAAUUCAAGCAAUCCAUAUUAUGGCAUGGUACCGAUUGAUCCGGUUGCUGUGAAAUUCUCGACGAGGCAAGGAAGGUUUUGUACAGACAACCAAGGGUUUGAAUUAUCCCCCAAACCUUGUCAAGGAUAUUACAAUACCAAACCUUUCGGACCCUCUGAGGAUCCAGGAAGAUGGCAAAGCUAUAGCGAUGGAGCACAACCAGGAUACUACGGUCUUCUUGCAUGGCGAGACCGUUACUUUGAGAGAUCCAUCAAGAACAUCUCAGCAGAUGGCUUUGUUUCAUAUCGAGUACCAAUUUACAACCCACCGUUUCUGCAAAUGACCAGCAACUUAAGCAACAUGAGAGUAUGGAACGCUUCAACUGCUGACCAAGCGCAGAAGUUUUUUGAAACAGCGGAAGCUGACGGUCUGCUGGACAGCAAUAUGGUCAGUUUGACAAUUUGGACCACUUUUUAUUUUCCAACUACAGACAUCACAGCGAUGGUGCGAAGUGUGUUCGUACAGCAUGACUCUGGACAAGCUAAGCUUUGUGAGGAUACAUGGCUGUGCUCUGACUAUGGCGCAUUGAUGUGGACUCGAGACCUCAGACGCAUGUACACUAGCGGAAAUGACAUGGCCAGACUUGUUCUUGAAAUCAUUUUCCUUGCCAUAACUCUCCUUCAACUUGUUCGAGAAGUGAAACAAUUCAUCAACGCGCCGGUUGUGAAAGGAUCUCGCGCUGCAUAUUUGCUUGGAACAGGGGGAUUUUGGAAUUUCCUAGACAUCGUUUGCUUUGUUUUCAUAAUAGGAAUUUACUGCCUCAAAGUCAUGAUGUACGUCGCUUCAUCGACAGACCCGGACAGUCCAACAAGAUUUUGGUCUCCUGGGUUGCCUACUUUCCUGUGGUCGUUUCAUAAUGGUCUCAACGGAUGGCUUAUGCUGUUCCUAAUUUUCCGAUUUUUCAAGUAUCUCGAGUUCAGCAAUUCUCUUGGCAUGGUCGGAGACACUUUUCAGAAAGCUGCCAAGGAUCUCGCAAUUUUUCUCUCUGUAUUCUUGAUUACGAUUGUGGCAUUUGCAUACGCAGGUUUCUAUUUUUACAGUGGAAGGAUGUAUGAAUUCAGCACCGUCCCAAAGUCUUUGAAUACUGUUUUCAGCAUAAUGUUUGGCCAAGUGGAUUUUCAAUCCUUUGGAUUCAACACCGACACGUCUUUGGGAACAUUCUCUAUCGCUUUCUUAUGGUCCAUUACAAUCAUGGUUUAUCUCAUCUUGAUCAACAUGUUUCUUGCUAUCAUUAUUGGAGCUUUCGAGUCGAUUCAAGAGGACGUAAAGCGUUAUAGGCUUGAAAGACUUCAAGGCAACAAGUAUGUCCCCCCAGGCAUCACAUUCUUUGAAUUCUUUCGGCCUUUGUCUACAAUUGCAUUUUCAGUCAAGAAAAUUAAGAGAGUUCUUGCAUCCUUGCAAGAAAAAGGACUGGAAGAAGGAUUGUUCGUUUCGGAAUUUUAUCCAGAAGGUCUGAUCAUGAAUAUGUUGCAAGACGCCGAGAUCGUAUCCACUCGUAGGCCGCCUAUGAUAGCCAGAGUAUUAGGAUACAACUCAUUGAGGCAGGAAUAUUUGAUCCUAUGGAAGGGAAGCAAAUGCCUUUGGAGCACGCACCCGAAACUUGUUUCUUUUCAACCCAACUGGCUAAACACAGAGGAGAUCAAAAGAAUUGUGGAUGCACAACACAGCGAUGAAAAUGAGGUUUUGAACAUCUCACCAAUCCAAAUGAAAACUUUAUUGGGCAUACGGGAUGCUCUCUGUAAGGAUGAAAAGAAGGAGGAGGAGAAUUUGAUUUCAUGGGAGUCACGAUUCAUUCUUACGAGGAGAGUGCUUAAUCGCAAAGCAAAGGACGAUUUGAAGAGGCUGAUGAACAUCCCUGAUAUCUAUGACGACACAUUCUGGACGCGAGGGAGCGCAAACUUGGUCGCCUACAGCGUGAACAUGGAUCCAGAUUAUCUCGAGGCUAAGUAUCGGUACAUUGUCGGCCGUGUCAAGCAAGACAGCAACGGCCGAGUCAAGCGAGACAGCAACUGCCUAGCCGAGCGAGACAGGUUGCGGAUCAAAUUAGAAACAGGAAACAAGCUGACUGCAAUGGAGCUCCAUGCAUUGUACAUCAAACGCCUAUUGCCAACAGCCGUCCGUGAAAAGAUCGAAGAGUCUCUGCGUGAAGCUUAUGCAAAGGUUGGUCUCUCGUUGCCGAACACCUUGAUACAUUUCAAAAUCCAAGAAGAGGUUGCGAAUUUCGUUGGAGAUGCUGGCUCUGAGAUAUGUGAGUUAUGUCUCACUAAAACGGAAGCACAGGAUAUCAUCCACGAAAGCACACAAUUGACCGAUGCCUUCUUCGAAAAAUUCAGCACCAGAAGACAUAUCAGUGACUUUCCGAACAGCUUAGGGGCUCUUGGCAUUGAAGAAUAUUCAAGAUAUGCAAACGAGGAGAACUAUGAGUUUGCUUAUGGGAAUGACAAAGAUGAUAGCUUGACGGACAUCUCUCUGAAACAAGUGAUGAAGGGUAUCAAAAAGAUCCAGAAUCAGCUGAAGAAGCCCAAGAGUGUACCAAAACCAUCUACAGCAGACUUGCACAAAUAG